AGUUGCUGAAUUGUGAUUUGUACUUCAAAUUCCGGCAUUCAUCAAAAAAUAAUUGUUCUCAUUUUAAUAGUUUUUUAAGAAGAAAUUAACUAACGUUUCAUAACUAACAAAUCUAAACACUGCGGUUCCAUCUGAUAAAAAGGUGAAACAAUCAUAAUGCGAUCGAUAUCAAUCGUGUUGCUUAUGCUUAUUGUUAGCACUUUUGCUGUAGACAAAAAUAAUUUUAAAACAUGCGAGCAGAGCAGCUUUUGUCGACGAUGCCGAAAAGUCCAACCAGGUUCUUCACCUUAUGAGAUCAUUCCCAAUACUCUCAACACAUACGCUAAUCACAUAACAGCUGACAUCAGAAAUAAUGAGAAUCAACACGUUUUCGUUUUAAAAUUAGAAGCACUGAAGGGUAACAUGUUUCAUUUCGAAAUAGAUGAGAAAAGUCCAUUAAAACCGCGCUAUCGAGUCACUGAUGCCCUCCAAAAAGAGCCAACUUAUGAAUCCAUCAAAGUGUCAUCAACUUCAUCUGAAAUUACAAUAAUUUCUGGUCGAAAUAAAGCUGUCGUGUUCCUAUCUCCAUUUAAAAUUGAAUUUUUCCAAGAUGAAACACUUGUAACGUCAGUUAAUUCACGAGGAUUGAUGAACUUUGAGCAUUUGCGUAAAAAACCUGAACCACCAGCAGGUGAACAAGAAGGCGCAGAAGGCGAUGAGAGUAAAAUUGACCCUCCUGAAGAUGAUCCAGGUGCAUGGGAAGAGAACUUUAAAGGACAUCACGAUUCAAAACCUAACGGACCGUCAGCAGUUGCUUUGGAUUUCACUUUCCAUCAAGCAAACAUUCUUUUCGGAAUUCCUGAACAUGCUGAUUCGUUUGCUCUGAAGUCAACAAAUGGCGGCGAUCCUUACCGUUUGUACAACUUGGACGUGUUUGAAUAUGAGCUUCAAAGUACAAUGGCUUUAUACGGCUCCGUUCCUAUCAUUUACGGACAUGGAGCUGGUGCAACAACAGGAAUCUUCUGGCAAAAUGCAGCUGAGACUUGGGUAGAUAUUGCAGGAAUAUCCGCUGAACAAAACGUGAUGUCAUCAAUUGUUAACUUCGUUGCCGGAUCUCGUCAAUCCGAUCCACCCUCAGCUCAUUUCAUGUCGGAAUCAGGAAUAAUUGAUACCUUCGUCUUACUCGGUUCAAAUCCAAAUGAAGCUUUCCAUCAAUACACUGAUCUGACUGGAAAUGGAAAACUUCCCCAAAUGUUCGCCAUCGCUUACCAUCAAUGUCGUUGGAAUUACAAUGAUGAACAAGAUGUUGCGCAAGUUGUAGCGAAGUUUGAUGAACAUGACAUUCCAAUGGAUACAAUGUGGUUGGACAUCGAAUAUACAGAAGGCAAGAAAUACUUCACAUGGGAUCACACAAAAUUCCCGCACCCUGUCGAAAUGAUGAAAAAUUUAAGCGAUGUUGGACGUCAUUUGACGAUCAUUAUUGAUCCUCAUAUCAAACGUGAUUCAAGUUACUUCUUUCACAAUGAUUGCACUGAUAAAGGCUAUUACAUCAAGAAUAAAGAUGGCAAAGAUUAUGAAGGUUGGUGUUGGCCUGGAGCAGCAAGUUAUCCAGAUUUCUUCAAUCCUGAAAUUCGUAAAUAUUAUGCUGAUCAAUACUUGCUUGAUAAUUUCAAGGAAAGCACAAUUGAGACGGGAAUUUGGAACGAUAUGAAUGAACCGUCGGUAUUUAAUGGACCGGAAAUCACAAUGUUGAAGGAUAAUUUGCAUUAUGGUGGUUGGGAACAUCGCGACGUUCACAACUUGUAUGGACAAAUGCAAUUGGUUGGAACAUACGACGGUCUUGUGAGACGAUCUGGUGGAAGUUUGCGUCCGUUCAUUCUCACUCGAGCACAUUUUGCUGGCACUCAACGUUAUGCUGGUGUUUGGACAGGAGAUAAUGCAGCUGAAUGGUCACAUCUCGAGAUGUCAAUUCCGAUGUGUUUGUCACUUUCCGUGUCUGGAAUUUCAUUUUGUGGUGCUGAUGUUGGCGGGUUCUUUGGAAAUCCAGAUGGGGAAUUGUUCUAUCGAUGGAAUCAAGCUGGAGCUUUCCAGCCCUUCUUCAGAGGUCACGCACAUAUUGACACGAAACGACGAGAACCUUGGCUGUUCCCUGAAGAUGUGAAGUUAGUCGUUCGUGAUGCGAUAAGAAAACGUUACAGUUAUUUAGCAUUCUGGUACACGAUGUUCUAUGAACAUGAACGGUCUGGAUUGCCAAUUAUGAGACCGAUGUUAUCACAAUAUCCGCUUGAUAAAAAUGCUUAUGCACUUGACGAUCAGUACAUGUUGAGUGAUAAACUUCUUGUUCGUCCCGUCAUGCAAAAAGGUGCAAGUAAAGUUGAUGUUUAUUUCCCUUCAAAGAAUGGUGAGAAACAAGGUGAUAUUUGGUAUGACAUUGAUGAUUAUCGCAAGAUUGAACGUGUUGGCGUUGAGUCUGUGAGUGUCAACUCUUAUAAGAUUCCAGUUUAUCAACGUGGUGGAACAAUUAUUCCGAAGAAGGAAAGAAUUCGACGAUCAGCUGUCUUAAUGCAAGACGAUCCAUUCACGUUGAUUGUUGCUGUUGAUGAAAAUAAUACUGCAAAAGGAACGCUUUACAUUGACGAUGAAAAGACUUUUGAGUAUCGUCAGGGCAAAUAUUUGUAUCUUGAUUUUGAAUUUAAGGAUGGCGUGUUGUCGAGCAGAUAUAUCGACGAGACUGCAAAGUUCUCUACAAAGACAUGGCUUGAGCGUGUUGUGAUCGUAGGCUUAAAUAAAACUCCAACAUCAGCCACAUUGAGAACAAGUGAUAACAAAUCAACUCAACUUGAGAUCAUUGAUGUUAAAAAGACUUCAUUUGUAAUAAGAAAGCCUGGUGUUAGCAUGAUGGACAACACAUGGUCAAUCACGUUGAAUUAUUAAAGAAAGAUUAUUCCAUAUAAUUUCAUUACUUUCAUCAAAAACUAAAUUAAUUUAAUCUUUUGACUGUCACAAAGAAUUUAAAUAAAAGUAAAAUAAAUUUCGUGUUAGGAAAACGUUAAAAUAUUAGAAU